AUGUUGUGUAAGAGAACCUUUCAAACGGCCGCUAAAGCCUGCGCGAGAACGAGGUAUACGAAGCCUAAGCCGAAACCACAACCUAGAGAACGUGUGAACCUUCCCAGUCAGAGAACGCAUCAUGAUAAUGAUCUAAUUAUUAGUGCACCUGUUCCACCCACUGUAGAGAAUAUAAAGUGCCCGGAUGACCAUCCUUUAUGGCAAUUUUUCGCAGAUAAGAAAUUUAUGAGAACUUCUGAAGAGCUAGAUUCUCAAUCCAGAUCGUGGACAAUUCCAGAGCUUAGAAGAAAAUCCUUUGAUGAUUUGCAUUCAUUAUGGUUUACUUGUUUGAAGGAGAGAAAUAUUUUGGCCAGAGAAAAUCACCUUCUGAAGAACAAUGUGGAGGGAUUCCAGGAUAAUUACCAAGAUGUUUCGGAAAAGAUUAGAACUACUAUGUGGAGAAUUAGACAUGUCUUAAGUGAGCGUGAUUGGGCUUUCAAAAUUGCGAAGGAGGAAUUUGCCUCUGAGAGAGAAGCAUUUACAGCUGUAUUUGAGAAAGAGUUUUUGGAAGCACCAGCGGAAGAAGAUGAAGAGAGUUUUGAGAAACUUUCAAGAUUUCAACAUUCUGUAUUCGGCAUAAGCGAGUUUAUUGAUGAUAAUGUCGUAAAUCGUACAUUUGUUGAUGGGCUCAAGCUUGUAGCAAAUUUAAAAGUAAGAAAGUUUGCCAGUAGGGAUACUACGAUACAAAAGUUCCUAGAGGAAACGCGUUCACAAACGAUAACUGACGCAGGUGAGUCUUUUGUGCUCUUCACCGCUGAAAACAAUGUGAAUGAUAUCAAGGAAGCUUGCCAGGCUGUCGAAGAGUUGAGAAAGAGUGGAAACUCUGUCUCUAAGUACGUUGAAUUGGAUACUGUCGCCAAAUAUAUCAGACAGUUGGCUCAAGCCCAAACCAGCAAGGAAACUACCGCGCAUUGA